AUGAAUAAUCUAUAUCGCUCCACUGCUCUACACUCAAGUUUUAGUUGCAACAUGAUUAGAUGCUCGGUGAUUGAAAGACGUGCAAGGUUUAAGCUUUUGCACAAGAUAGCUAGAGACGGAAAUCAAUACAUAGUGUUGAGAAUUUCAAAUAUCCAAAAAACAAGCUAUCAAAUAUCAACUUAUGAAGACUUACAUUGCUUGAGAGAGGCAACAAAAAAGAAAUAUUACAGGGAAUCAAACAAGAAGCAAGAUAUAAAGAAUAAAUUCUCAUGUCGUUCCACUUUUGAAGAUGUUGAUAAUGGCACACUUGAUUUAAAUGUUAUCCCAAAUGAAGAAAUGUUAUUGUCUGUUGCAAAUGCAUUCCAUUGGAAAUCCGUUGCAAAAAUAUUUCCGUCGGUGAUCGGUUACUAA